AACGAAAUUCAUAUUAUAAAAAAGCUGAUAGUAUUUUAAAUGAUAAUAUUUGUAUAUAUUCAAGUUUAGCACAACCUAUACCACCAUCAUCAUCAUCAUCACUUUAUCAUCAAGUAAAUCGUUUAAUGUUAAAUGGUAAUGAAUCAUCAUCAAUACCAUUAUCAAGUUUAACACAAUAUCAUACUUCUACAGCAACAGCACAUACAGCAACAUUACGUUCGUUAAAAAAAGAUAUUGAUAAUUCAAGUGCACAAACAUAUUCAGCAGUUUAUUCAUGUGAUUUAGCAUCGAAUUUAGAUGUUGAUCAAGAAUAUUUUUCUCAACGUCGAUUAUCAUCAAAAAGAAGAUCAAGUUCAAAACAUACGAAUAUAACUGUAAUUCAAAAUCAAAUUUUAUUUCUUUAUAUGAAAAAUCUUGUUGAUUGUCAUGCAAUACAACCAAAUAAUCAAGAAAUAAGUCUUCUUGCUACUGCAGAUGAAAAUAGAAUUCAAUUAGUACAUGUUCGUUCCGGUAAUUUUUAUUCUCAACUUCCUAUAUCAUCAGUUGGUGCUUGUCAUAAUCUUUUAUUUUCUUAUAAUGGUCAAUUUCUUAUCGGACUUUUCUAUGAAGUAACAUCAAAUGUCAAUCCAUAUGGUGUUAAAAUUUGGUCAACAAAUGAUUAUUCACUUCGUACAAAUCUACAUCCAAUAAAAUGUUCUAUAGCUGUUACAUCUCGAAAUUCAUCCAUUUUAUAUAUGGCUGGAAAACAAAAAUAUGGUCGUGGUAUAUCACUUGGUUUACUUGAUAUUGAUUCAUGUAGUCUUGCACGUGAACUUAAAUCUGAUCCUGAUACAUCGAUUGGUGAUGAAAUUAAACGAAUUAUAUUAACAAGCAAUGAAUUAUAUGCACUUGUUGCAUGUACAGAAUAUACAAGUACAUUUACAUGUUUUGUUGUUUUUAAAUUAGAAACAACAACAACGACAACAAUUAUAAGUGACGAUCAAUCUUCAUUAGUAACUGGAACGAUGAGUAAUUGUACAAUGAUAUUAACACGAUUUAAUUGUGAUGCAAAUUUUACAUUUUCACUUGCUGAUUCAAAUAAUAAUGGUGAUCAAUAUAUCUUAACUAUAUUACGUACAAAUGAAAUUAUUAUUUGGCAAUUAAAUGAUGGAGAAAUUUUAUAUAAUUAUGAUUUUAAUUAUUUACUUAAUGAUACUCAAAUAAAUCAAAUAAAUGAUUGUCAAUUGAAUGAUAAUCGUUUAUUAAUAUUUGCUGAACAAGGUUUAAUUUAUAUUUGGGAUGUAACUGUUCCUAUUGGACAAUUUUUAUUAAUUGCAACUAUUUGUGAUCCAUCGAUUCAUUCAAUAACUUGGUUUGAUCAUCAACAUAUUCUUUCAAUUGAUAAUGAUGGUCAACGUAUACGUACAUGGAAUAUCAAACGAAAAGAAGUUAUUAAUGAAUCAAUAUCUGUUCAAGGUACAAUCCAAUCGUUACAUGUACAUUCAAUAUUAAAUAAUCUAAAUAAUCAAAAUGAAUAUUUUAUUGUUGGAAAAUCAAUGAACGAACGUAGUUUAAUUAUGUUUGAAUAUACUCAAUCAAAUGAUAAUCGUAUUGAUAUAUCAAAUGAUAUUGCGACUUGUUAG